UCUCAGGCAGAGGACAGUGAACUUGGGAAAGAAUGGAAGGGUUUUAUUCUCACUGUAACAAAGAUGUCAGUGCCCCUGGAGGAGUCAUUAUUGCCUAGCCAACUUACAAGAAUGCAUGAAGUGCUAGAGAAAGAAAAGAAGAGAAGGAUGGUGCUUAAGGACUGUUCAAGCACAUCCUUGGAUGAAGAAGGCUCUCCUAACAGGAACUAUAGCAGUAUAUUGACUGCUAUGCCAGCGUGUUUCCACGCAGUAUCUCGGCAGGAAGCAAUAGAGAUGUUAGGAAAGAAUCCUUCCUAUGGGAAUUUGAUCCUGCGGCCUGGCAGCAACAGUAAAAACUUCGCAGUCACCACUCGACAAGUGCUGGA